CAGUAACUUCGUCUCCUUGACUCCUUGCAUCGCUUGUACCUCGUUGAGUCCUGAAACGAAAAGAAAUAUCAAUAAUCAAACAAAAUUCUUGAAAAAGAUCCUUCUGUCGUUCUUCCUUUUGUUGCAAAAGACUGAAGCCGGGAAUUCCCUGGAAAGGAAAACGGAAGAGCAAUGGGAAGCGCGCCCGCUCAGAUUCCAACGAGCUUCGGCCACGAGCUCAGGGCUUGCCUUCGUUGCCGCCUCGUCAAAACCUACGAUCAGUUUAGAGAAUCCGGAUGUGAGAACUGCCCAUUCUUUAAGAUGGAUGAGGAUCAUGAGCGCGUCGUCGAUUGCACCACUGCUAAUUUCAAUGGGAUAAUCUCUGUUAUGGACCCGACUAGAAGUUGGGCUGCUCGUUGGCUGCGAAUUGGAAGAUUUGUCCCCGGUUGUUACACUCUUGCAGUUUCAGAGGCACUUCCAGAGGACUUGCAGAAUUUAUGUGAAGAAGUGCACGUGCAGUAUGUGCCACCAAAACGAGUAUGAGAGAGAGUCUGGAUAACAGUGUGUAAGGUUUGAAAAUCUGAAUUGCAAUGCAUUCUACCAGUAUUGCCAGUGGUCAAAAGUAACCGUGUGGAUAUUCUACGAGAACUGAAUGUUUUUCCAUUGGCUAACAAUGAAGUGUAACAGUUUCUGGGUUUGGCUACUCUGUAAAAACACUAGUUAUCUACAAGAAAUUUUUGUAUGAAAUUUGUCUCUUGGCAUUAAAGUGGACCGACCUGUAUAAAUUGCUUUUCAGAAUUUAGGUGGAAGAAGCAUGAAAUCUGGCUAUUACUUGGU